AGGGACCUAAAAGAAAAGGAAUAGAAGAAAGAAAUCAUCCACUUGCUUGCGAGUUGGAUAAAAAAAGAUUCGAUUUUGUUCCCUUUCCUUCUUCUUUUCCUCGAUUUGCUAAGAAACCCUAGACCCACCGGGAUCUUCCUCCGAUUUCCCCAUUCUCCCUUCAGCCUCCUGUGAUGGAAGCUUAGCCUCUGUCUCUCUGUUCAAAGCGAUUUAUCUCCGCGACGGUGUUCAUCCCAGAUCGAUGGCUUCUAACGCCGGUAAGCCCUUCUGGAUGAAACACGCCGAAGACGCCAAAAUCAAAGACGAAGGAGAGAAAGACGCCGCCGCGAAAGCAGCUUUCGACGCCACUUUCGAUCAACCUACGCCCUUGAUUGAGCCUCCUCCAUCCUCCACCGUACCGGAGUCUUCACCAGAUUCCGACAGCGAUUCGGAGGAUGAAUCUGAUUACUUAUCGAGGAAACCAAUCGGUCCUGUGGAUCCGAGUAAGUCCACGGCUUCUGGUGCUGGGGUAGGUGGAGGAACCGCCUGUGCACCGUCAACGUUUAUAGUCGUAACAAAGGACUCUGAUGGAAGGAGAGUUCCUAAUGGUGGAGCUUUAAUUAGGGUUAAAGUGUCUCCUGGUGUAGGUGUUGGUGGUACGGAUCAAGAAGGUGUGGUGAAAGAUGUUGGAGAUGGGAGUUAUGCUGUUACCUAUGUUGUGCCUAAGAGAGGUAACUAUAUGGUGAGCAUUGAGUGUAAUGGUGUUGCUAUCAUGGGAAGUCCUUUCCCUGUCUUCUUUAGUCAAGGGUCUUCUUCUACCGGAAUUAUUGGUUCUGCUCCAGCUUCAUACUCAAACCUUAUCAAUCAGACUAUGCCCAACAUGCCGAACUACACUGGCUCUGUUUCGGGUGCUUUCCCCGGGAUGUUAGGGAUGGUUCCAGGCGUUUCCCAUGGUCCUUCUGGUGGUGUGAUAUUGCCUGGUGUUGGAGCUUCUCUUGGGGAGGUUUGUCGAGAAUAUCUUAAUGGUAGGUGUGCAAGCACUGUGUGUAAGUUGAAUCACCCUCCACAGAAUUUGCUGAUGACUGCUAUAGCUGCAACAACUAGCAUGGGUAAUUUAAGUCAGGUACCUAUGGCGCCUUCCGCUGCUGCAAUGGCUGCUGCUCAGGCUAUUGUCGCCGCACAAACCCUUCAAGCCCAUGCUUCUCAGAUGCAAGCACAGGCUCGAUCAAACAAAGGCUCUUUAGGUUCCCCGGAAAAAGAAGUGAAGGGGGAAGCGUUGAAGAAAUUUCUCCAAGUUAGCAACUUGAGUCCACUGCUUACAACUGAACAGCUUAAGCAGCUAUUUAGCUUUUGUGGCACAGUAGUUAACUGUACUAUAACUGAUUCAAAGGAUCUUGCUUAUAUAGAGUACGGAAAGACCGAAGAAGCAACCGCUGCUUUGGCGUUAAAUAAUAUGGAAGUUUGUGGUAGGCCUUUGAAUGUUGAGAUUGCGAAAUCGCUUCCUCAGAAACCAUCUUCCGAUAACUCUUCUUCAUCCUCACUACCAAUGAUGAUGCAACAGGCCGUCGCAAUGCAGCAGAUGCAGUUCCAACAGGCUAUACUGAUGCAACAAGCCAUGGCUACUCAGCAGGCGGCGAAUAGGGCAGCCACCAUGAAGUCUGCUACGGAGCUUGCGGCAGCUAGAGCUGCAGAGAUAAGCAGGAAACUGAAUCCUGAUGGAGUUGUAACUGACGAGAAAGAAGACGGCCAGAAACCUAGGUCACCUUCUAACUCUCCUGCCAGGUCUAGAUCGAAGUCAAAAUCACCAAUUAGUUACAGGCGAAGGCGGAGAUCUCCUACUUAUUCACCACCCUUUCGUCGCCCUCGAAGUCAUAGGUCAAGAUCACCCUUAAGAUAUCAUCGGCGAUCAACCUAUGAGGAGAGAAGGCGGUCAUAUAGAGAUUCUAGGGAUAUUUCUGAAAGUAGAAGAUACGGUAGAUCAGAUGAACACCAUUCAUCUAGGUCAAGGAGAAGUAGGAGUGUAAGCCCCAAGAAGAGAAAAUCCCAGCAGGAUGAUUCAGAGCUGUCAAGACAUCGACGUGAUAGCUCAUCUCGUGGGGGUAAGAAAUCAUCUCGUGCUGGUUCACGAUCGCCUAGGCGAGAUAAGGAAACUAAGUCAACUCCAAGAGAUGAUGAAGAUACCAAACACAAACAUAGAACACGUUCAAGAUCUAGGUCAGUGGAAGAUUCUCAAGAUAAGAAGGGUGAAGCAAAAGAUGAGGAACUGAAACAUCGCAGGAACCGGUCAAGGUCAAGAUCUCCUGAAGAUCAGAAAAGAACUAGAGACGCAGCCCAAAGUUCUGAUGAUACUAAACGGAAACACAGGGAGAGGUCCAGGUCUAAAUCAUUGGAAAUCGACAAUGGCUCUCAUGAGAAUGUUGAUGGUGCUGAAGACAAUAUGAAGGAGGAGAGGAGGGGAAGGUCUAGGUCUAGAUCAUUGGAAACUAAAUACAGGUCUUCUAGGAACAAUGAGGUGGAUGAAGAUAAAAACAGAGGAUCACGUAGAAGGAGAUCCAGGUCAAAAUCAGUGGAAGGUAAGCGUAGUCAUCAUACCAAGGAGACUCGGAGCAGGGACAGAAAGUCUAAGCGUCGUAGUGGAAGAAGGUCGAGGUCAGUGUCUUCUGAGGGUAGGCAUAGGAGAGAGAGAAGGUCAUCCCCUGAUGAAAAGAAAUCAUCAGGACUUAAGGGACACUCGAGGUCGAGAUCGAGAGAGAAGAGGAACAGUUCAAGAGACAAAAGAUCAAAACGUCAUGAAAGAUUGCGGUCAGCUUCUCCUGGUGACAACAAAGGACGAGUCGAUAGAUCCUCUCCGGUAAAAGAGCAAAGAUGGAGGAAGAUGGAGAUGAGAAACGAGUCUGUGACGGCUUCAUAAUGACAUUUGACCGCUGCAAAGAGUGUAUAUGGUGGACUCCAUAUACAGCCGAGCGUCUCACGAGUCGUCACAGUAUUGUGCUUCCACGUUGGCUAAAUCAGAAUGAUGAAAACAUGUAAAAUCAUAAAUGAUCUAGACGAAACCUGAGACAUCCAUUGAAGAUAUGCUUUUUUGAAUUGCCGAGUACUGAAAACCCAUCAGAUACAUGAUUGAACCCGUAUGAUCUACUCUUUGCUCUAUAUGGCCUAGCUAAUAAAAUUGAAGAUAUACAAUCUGGAUGGAAACUCAGUAGGAAUAAUGAUUGAUAAUACAAUUCAAACAACAAUUUUAUCAAAAGAAAAAAAAAAAUUCAAACAACAAACAUCACACAGAAGUGUUAUGUCCUGUUUGAGUGUGCAGAGAAUACUUACUGGUUUCAUUUGGCUAUGCUUUUCUCCUUCACGUGUUGGUUGUCAAGGAUUUUAAUUGCGAGGUCUCCUGGUUAGGGAAUGGUCAUCCCAGUGCUUGGACGGCCUCUUGGUUUUUUCUGUUUGUAAGACCUGAAGAACUCGUUUCAGAUUUGUCUCCAUCGCAGCCUGUGUUUGUUCAUAUUUGAAUAAAGCUUGGCUGUUUUGUGGGUGUGUUUGGUCUCUAGUCUAGCGGUCCGUGCGUGUUGGAUUCAGAUUAGGAGGUCACUAGCGAGCUGUUGUUGGACGGACCUUAUCUUAAAAGACCUGUUCAUCGGGUACACUUCACUGCGGUUCAUCUUUUUGUGGCAAGCGACUUGUAUGACUCUGUUGGAUCCAUUGUGUUGGCUGGUUAGCUAGUUGUAUCUUCCCCUGCUUAUUUCAGUUAAUGCUUCUGUUUCUUGUUUUCUCUGUAAUUCUGUCAAAAACUAAAAUUGGUAAUAAAAUCUUAACAUUU